AUGGCUUCCUCUGCCACCAUGUCGGUACUACUGGCGGUGGUGCUACUGCUACUAGAGGUGGCGCGGCCAUCGCAGGCGGACACGGCAUGCUACUCGCGGCUGUUCAGCUUCGGGGAUUCGCUGGCGGACACGGGCAACCACCGUUUCGUCUUCCCCAACGACACCGUGUCUCCCGGGCUCAACCUGCCCUAUGGCGAGACCUUCUUCCACCAUGCCACCGGCCGCUGCUCGAAUGGCCGCCUCAUCAUCGACUUCAUCGCGCACGCGCUAGGGCUGCCGUUCGUGACGCCGUACUGGAGCGGGAAGAGUGUGGAGGACUUCGUGCACGGAGCCAACUUCGCCGUGGCCGGCGCAACAGCGCUGAGCCCGGAAUUCUACUGGGAGAGGGGCUACGCUGCGGCUGAGGCUGACACGGUGCACCUCGACCAGGAGAUGAACUGGUUCCGAGACCUACUCGACCUGCUCUGCCCAGGCGAUUUAUCGGAUUGUGCGGAUAUAAUGAACAAAUCUUUGUUCUUAGUUGGAGAAAUUGGGGGCAAUGACUACAACUACCCUCUCCAAUCUUUCAUGCCCUAUGAGAUGAUUCAGUCAUUCACUCCUAGUAUCGUUGACAAAAUUUCUUCCACGGUCACUAGUUUGAUUGGGCUGGGAGCCAAAACAUUAAUAGUUCCUGGCAACCUCCCGAUUGGGUGCUUACCGGUUUACCUAAUGGCAUACAAGAGUGACAAGAAAGAAGAAUAUGAGCCAGAGACAGGUUGCAUCCGUUGGCUGAACGAAUUCUCACAGUAUCACAAUAAAAUUCUUAUGGAUGAGUUGGAGAAGUUGCGAAAGCUUCAUCCUAAUGUGUCAAUCAUCUAUGCCGAUUACUAUGUAGCUGCUAUGAAAAUAUUUGUUUCCCCUAAGCAUUUUGGAAUUGAGGAUCCGUUGGAGGCUUGCUGCGGAGGAGGAGGUCCUUAUGGUGUUUCUUUGAGUGCACGUUGUGGACAAGGAGAAUACAAGGUGUGUGAUGAUCCACAAAAUCAUGGAUCCUGGGACGGCGUGCAUCCCACGGAAGCAAUAUACGAAGCUAUUGCCAAUGGCCUGCUAAGAGGUUCAUAUACUAAGCCUCCAAUUUCUACCACCACCAAUUCAUGUGGAAGACAUGCUGAGCUUUUGUCUUCUGUUGAAUACAAGGUCAUCUAUGACAUGUAA